GUUGAAGAAGAUGUUUGGUGGUGUUUGGUACUCCUCUGAAGACAUAGUUAAGCUAAAGCAAAGGUUUUGUUCUGAUACUGUGCACUGAUAUCAAUCUACUACCGCGGGAAGUUCCAAUGUCGGCAGAUAACUUGCCCACCGCUCAGACGUUGCCUAGCAGCGAAAGCUCUCCUCAGAGUAGUAAUGAGAGUGGAGGGAAUGCUCACAUGACCAGAAAGUCAAGUGACCCUGGUCAUGGCUGCUCUGAUCCCUAUACUGACAGCAGUGGACUGAUGUACAAACGCAGCUCACCCACGGAGAUCACUGUCACUGAAGCAGCACCCGUCUUCAUGGGACAGAACCACCUGCACGGCUCUGGUGAUUCCUUUAGUGAGCUCCCUGAGUUGGUCCACUCGAAGCCUCCUCUCGGCCUCCAUCACCAUAGUGAUGCUGGCGGGGAGACAGGGGAAGAAUCAAGCAUGAGUUGGCUGUAUGACUUCUACCCCGGCAUCUUCAGUAAUCCCAAGGAGAAGUUGGAGUCGUUUUCUGGCCAUCCCCCAACGCCCCCACAUUUGCACUCUGAACUCAACUCUCAGUCCGAGGGUUUCAUUGUCAACACAUCCCCGCUUCCAUCCUCAUUUGAGCCAGUCGGAGAGGUCAAAGGUCACACCCACGUGGUAGAGUUCACAGGGGAGUCCCCAACCACCACCGUCUUCAUGAGCCAGGAGAAGUACGAGGUGACUCUGGGAGCGCCUACGUCCAUUGCCCAGCGGACAAAUGACGAUACUCUCACCUACCUCAACAAAGGCCAGUUCUACACACUGUACUUCAAGGGCAACUCCAGUCUGCAACUCCCCUCUCUAGUAAAGACCGUGUUAGCUCUCACUUUCUUUGAGGAGCCUGACAAGAGAGUGGAGCACAGUCGCUGGCAGUACUGGUACAACAUGCAACCCAACCCUAACCAGAAGGCCUUUGAUAUCGAUCGUAAGAGCUGUAAGAACAUUGAGAUGAAGCCAGACUCUUACCAUAAUGCGGCCAGUUUCACAUGGCACCCCAAGGUCGGGGCAAAGAUUGUCCUGCGUGUCAACUGCCUGAGUACAGAGUUCUCCUCGCAGAAAGGGGUCAAAGGUUACACACUUCAUUUUGUGAGUGAUACGUAUGAUGACACGGCGAUUGAGAGCACUGAGCCAGUGCACAGAGCCUUCUGUCGGGUCAAGAUAUUCCGGGACAAGGGUGCCGAACGUAAGAACAAAGACGAGACCAAACACGUCGAGAGAAAAUUGCAGAAAAUGGCCAAGCAAGUCAAACCAGGAGUGUCAUUGGAGACAGAGCUGGGGGCUUCGCUGUUCCACGCUCCCUCCAGAGAGACUGUGUUCACUUCCACUAGUACUCUUGGACCAAAGUCGUUCCUCUUCAUUCCUCAACAGGACCCUGACAUGAAUAGUGGGAUGGUGCGUGAUGAGACAGCUGCUACAGACUUCCUAGCCAGCAUCAGAGAUCGAGAAUCAAAGAGAACAUUUGGCAACACUCUAAGACAAACUAAGGAUGAAUUUGGUGCUCUGGAGGUGGACAACGAAGGGGAGGAGUGUGAGGGGGCUCCCCCUAAGAAGGCUCCACGCAUCCGCAAUCGGAAAGUGAUGACAAUCUACGUGCGCAAGGAGGACGAGAAUGUGUACAAGGCUCUGAUGCUGGACUGUGCCUCUGUGUAUGACCUCAAGCUGGAGGUUGGCAAGAAGUUUGAUGCCCCAGCUGACAUGAUACAGAAUGUGUACAAGAGAACUAAGAAGGGGCUGGUCGUACAGAUGGACGAUUCCAUGGUUGAACAGUUUCAGAGCGAGGAUGACUUUAUCAUUGAUCUAUCAUUUGACAAUCAGAAAGGCUCUUUUGAUUUAUACCUUCAUUACUGAGUAAACCCCCCCCCACCCACACACACACACACACACGCACACACUGUUGUUAUGGUAUCUUUCUCUUACAUGUAUUUUUCCCUUCUCAAUUAUUUGUUGGUUUUUGUGCCUAUUUCCCUCAUCCCUCAUUACACACUCAUCUCAAAAUUGGCAUAUCAUUAUUAUGUAUAAUUAC